GCCGCGAACCGCUGCAGCUCGGCCGGGAGACGGCGCGACCCCGCGGCGGGGCCACCCGCAAGUCCAGCGUCGCCGCAGCCCCCCAAUGCGGCCGCGAGAAGCAGCGGGGGGGCAGGCGAUCAAAGAGCUCUUCUUUCACCUGCAAUCAAUUUCACCAAGUCAACAGCGCGGCUGGGAGCAUCGCGAGGGCGCAGGCACCUCUGUGCAGAAGGCAGUGCAGACGGAGUCCAGAUUCCCUUGCUGCUGCAGUCACUAGGAGCCCCAUCUUCUGGAAGGCCAGCGUUCCCGUGACCAUGGAGGCCUCUCUGUCCUGUCUGUGACUGGAGCAAUGCUGACCUCGGUUUCCUGGACCCAUUCUGACUCAGGAGCCUUCACGUAAAUGGGUCCAGUCAUGCCUCCCAGUAAGAAGCCAGAAAGCUCAGGAAUUAGUGUCUCCAGUGGGUUGAGUCAGUGUUACCGGAGCAGCAGUUUCUCCAAGGCCCUUCAGGAAGAUGAUGACCUCGACUUUUCUCUGCCUGACAUCCGAUUAGAAGAGGGGGCCAUGGAAGAUGAAGAGCUGACCAACCUGAACUGGCUGCACGAGAGUAAGAACUUGCUGAAGAGCUUCGGGGAGUCGGUCCUGAGGAGCGUGAGUCCUGUGCAGGACCUGGACGAUGACACCCCCCCGUCCCCCGCCCACUCUGACAUGCCCUACGAUGCCAGGCAGAACCCCAACUGCAAACCCCCCUACUCUUUUAGCUGCCUCAUAUUUAUGGCCAUUGAGGACUCUCCAUCCAAGCGCCUGCCGGUAAAGGAUAUCUACAACUGGAUCUUGGAACAUUUUCCGUAUUUUGCAAAUGCACCUACUGGGUGGAAAAACUCAGUGAGACAUAAUUUGUCUUUGAAUAAGUGUUUUAAGAAGGUGGACAAAGAGAGGAGUCAGAGUAUUGGGAAAGGGUCGUUGUGGUGCAUUGACCCCGAGUAUAGACAAAAUCUUAUUCAGGCUUUGAAAAAGACACCUUACCACCCUUACUCACACGUGUUCAACACACCACCCGCCUCUCCUCAGGCAUAUCAAAGCACUUCAGGUCCACCCGUCUGGCCCGGCAGCACCUUCUUCAAGAGAAAUGGAGCCCUUCUACAAGUUCCUCCAGGAGUGAUUCAAAAUGGAGCGCGGGUUCUGAGCCGAGGGCUGUUUCCCGGAGUCCGGCCAUUGCCCAUCACCCCCAUUGGAAUGACGGCCACGGUGAGGAACGGCCUCCCCAGCUGCCGGAUGCGGACUGAGAGCGAGCCGUCGUGCGGCUCCCCCGUGGUCAGCGGAGACCCCAAGGAGGACCACAACUACAGCAGCGCCACGGCCGCCGCCGCCCGGAGCACCUCCCCCGCCAGCGACUCGGUCUCCUCCUCCUCGGCCGACGACCACUACGAGUUUGCCACCAAGGGGAGCCAGGAGGGCAGCGAGGGGAGCUUCCAGAGCCACGAGAGCCACAGCGAGACGGAGGACGACGACAGGAAGCGCAGCCCGAAGGAGGCCGAGGGCGCGCUGGGGGACAGCGGCUACGCAGCCCAGCACAAGAAGCGCCAGCACCUCGCCAAGGCCAGGAGGGUCCCCAGCGACACGCUGCCCCUCAAAAAGAGACGCACGGAGAAGCCCCCCGAGAGCGACGACGAGGAGAUGAAGGAGGCCGCGGGAUCCCUCCUGCACUUAGCAGGGAUUCGGUCCUGUUUGAAUAACAUCACCAAUCGGACGGCAAAGGGGCAGAAAGAGCAAAAGGAAACCACGAAAAAUUAAAAACAAGUCACUGAUUUGUUUUGAACUUACGGCCAUUUGGUUUCAGCAUGUCAGGAGAUUUCUAAUGAUUUGUGGCAAUAUCAGCAAUUUACUUUUUUUUCUUUUUGGUUUGGUUUUCUUUCUUUUUCUUCCUUUUUUUUUUUUUUUACUUUGCCCCCCCUCCUUUGUUUGGGACCCUUAAGAAUUUUACUUUUAAAGGAGAUUGAAGCCAUAGAACUCAUAUUGACACUCAGCUGUUUUACAAAAGCUUUUCAUUAUCUGAAGACAAAACCGAAAAAGCCAAAAUUACCAUUGCUUCCUCCAGCUUGUCAGGAACAUGUGGCUGAACCCGCAGGGAUGUCAGCGAGAAGGCCAUGGGAUGGAUAACACUCGACACCUAGAGGCAUUUGUCAAAGUAGUCAUCUCCCAGGCCCCGCCAGUAGGUCUCAGAGGUCAGGGUGACCGCCCAGGGGCAUCACGGAGUGAGUGUACACAAGGCAGUCAGGAGAAGGGAGAGCCCUGUCCCUACAGACCCAGGCUGGGGCACGGGGCUGCAGGUCUUGCCUAGCAGGCCCUUGACGAGGCCGCCUGUGUGCACAGGUCGGUCUCCAGGCCUCUGUGCUGCUUAGCCAGGAAGCCCAGCAACGUUGUAAAAGGUGAGCACUGGGCAUCCACGUCACCAGGUGUCCGUGACUAACGAGAAGAAACGAGGUCAGUUUUUAGUGAUAUUGCUAACAUUGAAUUCUGUUCUAUAUUAAAUUAAGAGGAUGUUUUGCAAGCCAUACGCCUGAAGGUUGGCCCUGUGUACACACACACACACACACACACACACACACGAGGGACAGAGAAUGAGAGAAAACAAGCUGUGUCUUCUUAAUUGCCCAAG